GUUGGAAUUACACAGCCUGUGGACAGUCAGCAGAGCCAAUAGAAGCAAAAACGAGUCGUUUCUGAUUGGACGAGGACAGAGGAAUGGGUGGGAUGUGGAGGAGAGGCGGACCGUAAGUAUCGUGUAGCAGGCUAGAUUGAUUACUUUCAAGUGUUAAAGGGAAAGCAGGCAGGAGAUUUUUGUCUAGGACUUGCUCUGCCGAUCUACUGUGUGUAUCUCUCCCACUGUUUCUCUUUCUUUCUCUCUGUCUCUCUCACUUUCUUUGCCGUUUUCCCCCUGUAACUCUGCUCAUUAUGAAGAUGGGGUCAGCUGAAAGACAAACACCAGGGUUGCCGGGCAGAGACAAACUCCGGCUUUAGAGGACUCGCUGGGAGAAGGAAUGGAAGGGGGCUGUGUGUUUAGUAAAAGGGGGGGUGGCGGCAAGGGGUGUGUGUGGAGGAGAUGGGGCAGUGAAGGGGGAGGGGAGGGGUUGAGGAAGGGGGAGGUAGGUUAUUGCUUUCCCCUCAGCUUUGGGCUCGGAGCGCAGCGCUGGACCGCCUGCCCCAUACAGCCUUUUGUUUGCUCCUGGGACAGAGAGCCUGUAGACUAGAGACACUUUCUCUGUGCACCUCUGAAAGAGACUUCAGCUCCAAACAUCUCUCCUCCUGUCCUCGUCUCGUCCUCUCUCCGCAGUCUGCUGUGCACUAUGAAGGACAUGGGCAGAUUUGGAGAUGGCAGCAGACUCAUUUGGAGCAGGGGGGAGCGAUGCCCAGCAGAGCCUGCAGUCCUUCUGGCCCAGGGUCAUGGAGGAGAUCCGGAACCUCACUGUGAAGGAUUUUCGCGUGCAGGAGCUUCCACUUGCUCGCAUCAAGAAAAUCAUGAAGCUGGAUGAAGAUGUGAAGAUGAUAAGCGCUGAGGCUCCAGUGUUGUUUGCCAAAGCGGCUCAGAUCUUCAUCACAGAGCUCACUCUCAGAGCCUGGAUCCACACCGAGGACAACAAACGCCGCACACUACAGAGGAAUGACAUAGCCAUGGCCAUCACAAAGUUUGACCAGUUUGACUUCCUCAUUGACAUUGUCCCAAGAGAUGACCUCAAGCCCCCUAAACGACAGGAGGAGGUGCGUCAGUCUGUAACCCAGGCUGAGCCUGUGCAGUACUACUUCACUCUGGCACAGCAGCCCGGGGCUGUACAGGUGCAGGGACAGCAGCAAGGCCAGCAGGUGGCUACACCUACCGCUACCACUCUCCAACCUGGACAGAUCAUCAUCGCCCAACCUCAGCAGGGCCAGGUGUUGCAGGGGACCACCAUGCAGCAGCUACAGCAGGUGCAGGUAGCUCAGUCACAGGCUACCCCCAUCACGAGUGCUCCGGUGACCAUGCAGGUAGGCGAGGGUCAGCAGGUACAGAUCGUUCAGGCGGCUGCGCAGGGGCAGGCGCAGGCUCAGGCAGCACAGCCCGCAGGCCAAACCAUGCAGGUCAUGCAGCAAAUCAUCACCAGCACAGGAGAGAUCCAACAAAUCCCCGUGCAGCUUAACACCGGCCAACUGCAGUACAUACGCUUGGCUCAGCCAGUCUCAGGAACACAGGUCGUUCAAGGACAAAUACAGACACUUGCAACCAAUGCUCAGCAGAUAUCACAGACAGAAGUACAGCAAGGACAACAGCAAUUCAACCAGUUCACUGAUGGUCAGCAGAUGUACCAGAUCCAGCAGGUGACAAUGCCAGCAGGGCAGGAGCUGACUCAGCCUAUGUUCAUCCAGUCCACCAGUCAGACGGCCGACAGCCAGGUCACUACGCAGGUCAGCGCAGACUGAGGCUCUUCCUGCCAAUCCGGUCACCACCAGCGCAAUAACAACACUGCUCCAGACCAUCUGAAGGAGAGGGAUCCCCACCGUCAACACCUGUAUCAACACCCACAUAUCCCAUCCAAGCUGCUCACAGCUAAACAAGCCCCCCCCAUCUUUCUAGUCCUUUUUCAUGCAGGGUCAUGUGUAAGGCAUUUCCUAAUGGUGACCAACACAUCUAAUUGCUCUAAUUACACUUACCCUCACAAACCUGAAUCUUCAGCUUUGACUUGCGUACCGUCCAAAAUAGUUUUCCUGCUUAAACUGUUGGGUUUGUUUAUUCAGUUUUCAGAUUAUCAUGUUGUGGCAGAAGGUAACUUUUCCUUUUGUCAUGUUAUUUCUCUUCAGUGCUCCUGACUAUAGCCGUGGGGUCAUUCUUGUUAGUUUAGUUCACUCUGCACCCACAAAUGUCUGACGACACGUUUGCAUCCUUUGGUCUUGCUGUCAUUAAGUAAGAGUUGCACAGGCUAACUGAGUGCCAUUCUCCUGCCUUCAGCCAGUCAAAAAGUCAUUCCAUGGACAUAUUUCUCAAAAUGUGCAGCUGUAAUUGAGGCUGUCUUUUCAGACUGGUUGACAGGAAUGGUGUGUCUAUUCAUGGUUUAGUUUUCCAAAAGAUAUAUGGAAAUGCAAGCAUCACCUAUAAAA